CAGUAAGUGGUCUUGCCAUGCAUGCCCUCCUCUCUCCCCCCCCCCCUUUCUCUCCCCCUCCUCUCUCUCUCUCUCCCUACCUACCCCCUCCUCUCUCUCCCCCUCCUCUCUCUCUCUCCCCUCCUUAUCUCCGCCCCCUCUCUCUUUACAUUGUCCGCAGUCUGUGGUCAUCUCAUGUACUAUCUCUGCAGUCUCUGGUCAUCUCCUGUACUGUGUCCGCAGUCUCUGGUCAUCUCCUGUAGUAUGUCCACAGUCUCUGGUCAUCCCCUGUACUAUGUCCGCAGUCUCUGGUCAUCUCCUGUACUGUGUCCGCAGUCUCUGGUCAUCUCCUGUACUGUGUCCGCAGUCUCUGGUCAUCUCCUGUACUGUGUCCGCAGUCUCUGGUCAUCUCCUGUACUGUGUCCGCAGUCUCUGGUCAUCUCAUGUACUAUGUCCGCAGUCUCUGGUCAUCUCCUGUACUGUGUCCGCAGUCUCUGGUCAUCUCCUGUAUUGUGUCCGCAGUCUCUGGUCAUCUCCUGUAUUGUGUCCGCAGUCUCUGGUCAUCUCCUGUACUAUGUCUGCAGUCUCUGGUCAUCUCAUGUACUAUGUCCGCAGUCUCUGGUCAUCUCCUGAACUGUGUCCGCAUUUGUUCAUAGUUUUUUUUUUUUUAAACUAUAGUCUGGCCCUCCAACGGUCUGAGGGACAGUGAACUGGCCCCCUGU